CUAAACCUCAAGGGGCAGAGCCGAGGCCCCAGUGUCCCCGUGACCAGGCAGCGUGGAGCCGCCGCGGGCCGGGCCCAUCCCGCCGCAACGGCCCCGGGGCCGACCAGGGGCGAGGCUGGGAAGGAGCAGCACAGAACCCGGCACGGAGCGCGGCCAGAAUGGUGCUGGAGGGAAACCCUGAAGUGGGGUCCCCCCGAACCUCAGACCUCCAGCACACCGGGAACAAAGGCUCUUGCCUCCUUUCUUCUCCCAGUGAAGGUGCACAGCCUGGUGAGGAGCCUAUCAAGUACGGCGAACUCAUCGUCCUGGGAUGCUGUGAGGAAGGAGGUGAGGAAACCGAGGCUCAGAGAGGGGAAGUGACUGGUCCAAGGGCACACAGCUGUUACAAUGGAUGUCUGGCAAAUGGGGAUAAGGGCCGCCGGCGAAGCCGCCUAGCACUGAGCCGCCGGCCACAUGCCAACGGAGUGAAGCCAGAUGUUAUGCACCACAUCUCCACACCACUCGUGUCCAAGGCACUGAGUAACCGGGGCCAGCACAGUAUCUCAUACACACUGUCCAGAAGCCACUCGGUCAUAGUGGAAUACACACAUGACAGCGACACAGACAUGUUCCAGAUUGGCCGCUCCACGGAGAACAUGAUCGACUUCGUGGUAACAGAUACGUCCCCUGGUGGAAGUGCUGCCGAGGGCCCUUCAGCCCAGAGUACCAUUUCUCGCUAUGCCUGCCGUAUCCUCUGUGACCGCAGGCCACCCUAUACUGCCCGCAUUUAUGCCGCUGGCUUUGACGCCUCCAGCAACAUCUUCCUUGGAGAGCGGGCAGCCAAAUGGCGGACCCCCGAUGGCCUGAUGGAUGGCCUGACCACCAAUGGGGUCCUGGUGAUGCACCCCGCGGGCGGCUUCUCCGAGGACUCAGCCCCGGGUGUCUGGCGGGAGAUCUCAGUCUGCGGGAACGUGUACACACUGCGGGACAGCCGCUCAGCCCAGCAGCGGGGGAAGCUGGUGGAAAAUGAAUCCAACGUGCUGCAAGACGGCUCGCUCAUCGACCUGUGUGGGGCCACGCUACUGUGGCGUACUCCGGCGGGGCUGCUGCGGGCACCCACGCUGAAGCAGCUGGAGGCCCAGCGGCAGGAGGCAAACGCAGCACGGCCCCAAUGCCCUGUGGGCCUCAGUACCUUGGCCUUCCCCAGUCCAGCCCGAGGCCGCACAGCACCUGACAAGCAGCAACCCUGGGUCUACGUCCGUUGCGGCCACGUCCACGGCUACCAUGGUUGGGGCUGCCGGCGGGAGCGAGGCCCCCAGGAGCGCGAGUGUCCUCUCUGCCGCCUUGUGGGGCCCUACGUGCCCCUAUGGCUUGGCCAGGAGGCUGGCCUGUGCCUGGACCCUGGGCCACCCAGUCAUGCCUUUGCUCCGUGUGGCCACGUCUGCUCUGAGAAGACUGCCCGCUACUGGGCCCAGACACCGCUGCCCCAUGGUACCCAUGCUUUCCAUGCUGCCUGUCCCUUUUGUGGGGCCUGGCUCACUGGCGAGCAUGGCUGUGUCCGCCUCAUUUUCCAGGGGCCACUGGACUAGGCUCUCCAGGACCCUUCUUGUCUCAUCUGACUGCCCCACCGAGGUCCCCCCUCCUGCAGCCCAGAUAGAGCUCUGCAUGUGGGAUUCUACUUGCUGGCACAUAGCCACACAGGUUGGACACACUGGAUGGGCUGUGACCCUCUCCCUAACUCUGACUCCUAAGGGGGUCUCCAAGAUCUCUACCCCGAUCAUACUGAAAGGGCCUUCAGCUCUGCUCCAUGCUGUUGAAGGGAAUCCCAGCCCUGCCUUUCCUGGGGUGUCCCACAUCAUGCCGCCUACACUGUGCCCCUGGGGGAGUGAAGGGGCUACAGCCACUGACCCCCAGCUUAGGCUGAUUGCACCCUGAGCCUGCUAACCCAGUACCAGAUAUUUGUCCUUUCUGCUGCUGCCCUGGGUUUCUCUAUAAACCUCGAUGCUCAGCUCACCGAUAUGCAAAUCCCGCAUGUAUGCAAUGCCUCCAGCCCUGAGUGGGUGAUAAGAGGGCAGCAGGCCAAGACUGUCAUUUGCUUAUGCCUGCCAUGGGCUGGACUCUACUGCGUAGACUAUGGGAACACACAGUCAGGUGUGUUGAAGUUCCUAGAAUAGAAACUUCCUGCCUGUUGAAGUUCCUAGAAUAGUGAAGGAUGGAUCAAGUUAUCAAAUGAUAGGUACUUUCAUAUGUUAGGAUCAGAGAAUCCUAGAGGCUAGGGAACAGUCCUUGCUGACUGUGGGUAAGUGAACAAUGCUUUGGGGAGGAGGUAGCAUAGGAGCUCAGCCUCCAUGGCAGCUUGUAAUUCUCCAGGCCCACAGAGUAGCUGGGCAUUCUACAUAUUGUAUGCAGGCUGGGAUAAGGAAUAGGGGCUAAGUGACAGAUUUAGUGGGGUUCGAGCAAGGGCUACAAGAGGGCAGACAGAGCUGGAGAAGAGGGUGGGGCCCUGAGAAUUGGAUAGAAGACUUAUACCCUCAUUUGUGGAGAGUCAAGAGUCAACAAAAGAAAGGGGAAUUCACACUCCAGAGCGUUGGCUCUGACACAAGGGCUACCGUCACUGAACGCUCACCAUGUGUCCCUUACCUACUGACGGUAAUAACAACUGCAUUCAUUGACUACA